CUCGCGUCUAUAGCGCCUCCCCCUCUGUAGAGCUCUUGUUGUAUAUUGUAACACUCUGGCCUGUACGCUGUCGUAUGUCUUCACGCCCUGCGACGCCAUCAGACAGCAAGCAUUCAAUUCGCCGAAGAUCUCAAAGGACUAUCACCCCAGCCCAAGCCCCUACCGAGGGUUCAUCAUCAAAACCACAAGAAACUAUGCUUGCAACAGCACACCAGUACUACCCCCAGUCCUCAUAUGGCUCACACCACUCAAUAUACGGGACCACUGGCUUUGAACAGUCGAAGGAAGUGUACCUGCCGGAUAGUGUAUUCGCACCGCCUAUCUCCACCUCGACUGCAGACACCUCAUAUCUCAAUCCCUCUUCAAGCGCCGAACACCCCUCAACAUUCGCCCUGACCGCGAGUCAAGGUCAGCAAGCGAAGAAGACGCCCGACAAUGCUUUAUUCGAGUCCUCGAGGCAAUCCUCUGCCACUGAUGCUCCUAUCAGCGCGCGGCUGCGCAGGCCAACAACUUCACAAGAGCAUCCCCCUACCCAACCAUCUUCAGAAGGUCAUUCUGCAGAGGAAACACCCGUUGUGCCGCGUAAAAAGCGAACUAGAACGUUGACGACGUCACAUCAGUCUUCGGUCUUGCUCGCUCUAUUGUCUAGGACCCCUUUUCCAACUACCGCCGAGCGCGAAGAAGUCUGGUUCCAGAACCAACGACAGAAGCAAAAGAAGGCAACACAGACCGGAAGUUUGGUUACACCUCCUCAGGGUGCUACGAGCUCUGCUCCUCUGCCACUCUCUC